AUUAUACGCGAUUAGCCAUUGCUAUGUCCAAUAGCAGCGCCGUGCCAGACAACAGAAUGUCGGCAAGUUCUAUUUAUAGUAGCACGAGGACUGCAGCCAAAGCUAGGCUCUUUGGUAAGAGUUCAUGGAGACCACGUGACGAUGAUACCAAACCAUGGUUACAAAUAGACCUUGGAGAGAUUUACUACGUGUGUGCUGUGGCUACCCAAGGUGACCCGAACAGUGACGAGAGGACAAUAAAUUACAAAGUUAAAGGAUCUAUAGAUGAUCUACUAUGGGUGCCUGUAGAAAACAAAACUUUGGAAAAGGAGAUGGUUUUUAUUGGUAACAAAAAUAAUUCAACAAUCAUCAUCAAGCAUUCCUUGCCAAGUCCUCUAGCAGCUAGAUUUGUACGGUUCUAUCCUGUAGAAAAGAUUAAAGCAUACGCCUUUAGAGUGGAAAUAUAUGGUGUUACCAAAGAACCAGCUCCACCGAUACCACCACCGAUAGGGAACAAAGAACUGCAACCCAGUCAGGGUUCGCAUGCAGACUUGAUGUGCAGAGCAGAAAGAGGACUUAGCAUCAAAUGGUACCAUAACGAUACAGACAUUACAAGUUACUCUAUCGGUUCAUUAAGAACAGGAUCAAUACUCAUAUCAACACUACGUGUAAACUACACAUCAGCUGAGGAUGUUUAUGACAGAUAUUCUUGUGACAAAGCGCAAAGACACUGUACCAGUUUGGAUUACAUUUGUCAAGUCGAUUAUGGUUCAUACAGAAAACUGCAGAGCAGGGGGAAAAUCUCCACAUUAUUAGUACCCACGAGACCAAGACAUCUUAACGCCACAAUCAACCCUCAACGUGGGACCCAAAGACCAACUGUAACGUUGAAGUGGGAGAAACCAAUGAGAGCCAUUGGCAAAAUAGCAAGCUAUACCCUAUUCUAUAAUUACAUCAUUGAUAAUAAUCGAAGUAUGAUGUCAUUGACCAUUACGGAUUUUACGGGCAUGAGUUACAUUUUUAAUGUGAUUGGUGGAGCUCGUUUUGAAUUCUAUUUGAAAGCCAAGGCCAAUGGUCUUAUUGGAGAUCCUUCUGAAACCUGGACUGCAAACAUUCAGGAAUGUAAACCRUCAUCUGCUCCAGCAAACGUAAAAGUCAUCAAGAUUGACAAUGGAAAAUACAACGUGUCAUGGAAUGAAAUACCUAGAGAGCUAAGCAAUGGAAAGAAUAUUGCCUACGAGAUAAAUUGGUUUUCCUUGGCUAGACGAAUGCGUCGAUCACCUUUUGCAUCACGUGCAKCUAAUGCUAGCGAGUCACCAUACAUACUGGUGAACAUAAGCCUUACAGACAACAUGAAGUACAACAUCACUGUACGUGGCUACACCAUUGCAGGUCCUGGUCCAUUUAGCGACCCUAUAGUUCUUGAAAAAGAGAUCAAGAAAGCGGAAGGAGGUUACGUGGAUAAAUCAGUACCUGAUUCAGUCAUAGCGGUUGCAGUUGUUUUCUGUUUACUCUUUGUAGUUGGGAUGAUCGUCUUUAUUUUCUGGUAUAAAAGACGUAAAGGCCAAGAAGACACCCCUCAACAGGAAAACCCCGGUGGA